ACAAGCCUGCUGCCUUUCCACAUUCUGCGGCGUUUUCGGUCCAGUCUCGGUCGGGGGAAAGACCGAGACCUUUACAGGAGGUGGAGUCCGCUGGUGACCAGGCAUCUGCUGCUAUGAUAACACAGAGCUGAAACUACACAUCUGCUGGCUCUGAUACAUGACAGCACACACCAGUCAUGGAGUUUAACAAAUUGGUGACCUUAUGGAUAUUUUGCCUGUGUGUCAUUGGAGAAAGUUGGAGUGAAAAAACAGGUUCAACCUCAUCGGACAGUCAGGUGGUUGAAAAUGGGGUGUCAGAUUUUUGUCGGAUCGAUGAGCCACUAUGCAAAGAUGAGAAUGCAGUUCUCACCUACGAGGCUAUCCGCAACAUCCACAAGCAGAUGGACGAUGACGCAAACGGCAACGUAGAUGUGUCAGAGACAGACGGCUUCCUGAGAGAAGAUCUAAACUACCAUGACCCCAAGGCAAAGCAUAACAGCUUCCACGGGGAUGACCAGUUCAUCAGUGUGGAGGACUUGUGGAACGCAUGGAAGAGAUCUGAAGUGUAUAAUUGGACAGUUGAUGAGGUGGUGGAGUGGCUCAUCACCUAUGUGGAACUGCCACAGUAUGUGGAUGCCUUUCGCAAGAUGAAUUUUAAUGGGAGUGCCCUGGCAAGGCUCGCCAUAAAGAACACCACUCUGACACUCUCGAGCCUGAAGAUUCUGGAUCGCAGCCAUGUGCAAAAGUUGAGGCUCAAGGCUUUGGACACUGUACUGUUUGGAGCACCCCUGAUGAAUAGACAUAACCACCUGAAGGAUUUCAUGCUGGUGGUGUCAAUAGUCAUCGGCAUGGGUGGCUGCUGGUUUGCCUACAUCCAGAACCGCUACUCUAAGGACCACAUGAAGAAGAUGAUGAAAGACCUGGAGGGCCUGCAGAGAGCUGAACAGAGCCUGCAUGACCUACAACAGAAGCUGCAGAUUGCCCAGGAGGAGCAUCGUACAGUAGAAGUCGAGAAGGUAACCCUGGAGCAGAAACUGAGGGAUGAGAUCAAUGCGGCCAAGCAGGAGGCCCAACGUCUGAGGGAGCUGCGUGAGGGCACAGAGAAUGAACUGAGUCGUCAAAAGUAUGCUGAAGAAGAGCUCGAUCAGGUGCGCAUGGCAUUGAAGAAAGCAGAGAAGGAGCUGGAGUCACGGAGCGGCUGGUCACCACCAGAGUCGCUCCAGAAGUGGCUGCAGCUCACCCAUGAGGUGGAAGUGCAGUACUACAACAUCAAGAAGCAAAAUGCUGAACGACAGCUCCUGGUGGCCAAAGAAGGGGCAGAGAAGAUAAAGAAAAAGAGGAACACUCUCUUUGGGACUUUUCAUGUGGCUCACAGCUCCUCUCUGGAUGAUGUGGACCACAAAAUACUGGCAGCAAAACAAGCCCUGGGCGAGGUGACGGCUGCUCUGCGGGAGAGGCUUCAUCGUUGGCAGCAGAUAGAGAUUCUCACAGGUUUUACCAUCGUCAAUAACCCAGGCCUUCCUUCUCUGGCCUCAUCCCUCAACCUUGAUCCCAGCUUCAUGGGCGGCCGAGCCACACCUCAGCACUUCAUCAUGUCUGACGACAUGGACGACUUGGAUGAGGAUAUCGUGCCUGGAACUCUGCAAUAUGGCACCCGACUGUUGGAACGGCGAGCCAGCGACCUGUGGUCCGUCAGUUCAGACUGUCCGCACAUGUGGAAAUAUCCUGCUCCCAGUAUGAUGUCCCUGCGCCAACGCCACAUUGACCCCCAGCUAGCCAUGGGCUCCCAGAGGUUGGUAGAGAGUUGCCUGUUGGCAGGGCAGCAGGGAGAGGGAACCCCAUACUCAUCCAGGUCUAGGGCUACCUUCAGACAGUCUCGCAGCCAUUCGUUUGGGCAGCUCGACUGUCUCCCUCUGCCUCCUCUUUCCUCGGCUGUGUCUCACCCCUCCAUCCUCUUUACCUCCAACUUAAACCCUCAUUCCCAGUCCUCCUCUCCCUCCUGCUUACCCAGCUCUAUGGGCGGCAUUAUAGCCCCUCAUUCCUCCCAUAUAUAUCAUGCUUCUUUCCAGCCCAUGGACCCCAUUCCUGACGUCUCCAAAGCACACUCCUCGUGCAGCGACAGCCUCGGGGACCUAAAUCGCUCUGACUCCGACUCCUCCCUGUCCCUCUCCCAAGUUGGUGAUCGGCUAUCUGCCUACAGCUCCAAAGGCCACCUAAUAAAGCCCACCUCUCUCAUGCACGGUCUGUCCGGCCGUGCAGAUGACACCGUGUCUCUGCAUGCUAUCACUCCCAACGGAGGGAAUCGCAUUCAUGAGGUCAGUCCUGGAGAGCCUGUUUCUGACAGCCCCAUACUCAUGAAGAAGUUGUACGGCAUGGAGCAGUCUCCAAGCCUGGCGGAGAUCAACAGUCUGUCAGAGUCGUCCCGUUCCCUCAGCCCUAACUCCACUGAACCUGACACACCGUCGCCUACAGGAGGGCAGCCAGGGGCAGCGGGGGCAAAGGGCAACAGCCGAAUCCCGCAGCUGUCCUCCAAGAAGAGCCCGCUGGAGGAGGACAGCGGCUCUACAGGAGAAGAUACAGAUUCCACAGCCAGCCGCAAGAAACACACCUUCAAGAUCUUCAAGAAACAGAGGAAAUAAGGGCUACAUGAACUAGCGGCUGUUGAAGCUGUCAGACUGUAUUCCUCUGGUCUGUUUUUGGGGGGAAAGAAAAGUUUUGUGGGUCAAAAUAAUGGCACAAUUUGUUGCCGUUGCAUCUUUUUGUAGGUACGACACCUACUCUAAAGAACUGUGGGAGCAACCAGCUGUUCAGUUUUAUCUGCUUAUUUGGUCAAUGUUAAAUAUGUGGGGAAUGGGUAGGUUUGUAUAUUGGAAUGUAAAGUAUUAUUUAUUCUGCAGGAAGUCGUGCCAGUCUCAAAGGCAAAUGUGUCUCCCAGUUGGUUUUUCUUUCUUGUUCUACAAUCUAUAACAUUUUGCAUGUCUUCACUUUUGUUUGACUGAUACUCGAAUGCUCUUAGUGUUUGCUUGGUUCUUGUCGUUAACCUGCUUAGACAACACUUGAUGUUUCUUUACUACCUAACCACCUAGCCUACAAAUCCAAAGUGAAUGCGCACUCCUUUUUUUCAGAGUAGUUUGUUUUUAUUGAUGGUUACCGUUUUUUCUGUCUUUUGUUGUCGUCUUGGCAGAGCAAAUGACACGUUCAGGACAUCCUCAAACAGAAGAGUGGUGGUAGAAAGCUUGGACUCAAAUUUCACUUCUGGCUGUCAAAAAUGUGCUAAGCGCCGUUGAACAUAGCACAGCAAUAGUAGCUACAUGGUUUGACUUAGAAACAACUUAGAUAAAAAGGCUGAAUCAUAAUCUGCAACCUUUGAUCUCAUCCAAAAGCAGCUGGAUGACAUCACCUUGUAUACAAAGAGCAUUGACAAGAGGUAAAUCUCCCAAUAAUACGUUAGAAAAGGACCAUUCAAUUGCAGCCUUUGCUUUAUUUUUAGUAUUUAGGUGUUGAGUGCAUGAGAGAGUGAGAGAGAAGUGCUUUGCUUGAAUAUCCAGCUUUUAAACAACGCUGACAAGUUUAACUGCUAACUAAUAUUUGGAUUAACUCGUAUCUUGAGAGAGAAGAAAGUCUUUCAAUACUCUGACCUUAAUGUCCAGCUUGGAUGAUAAUUAGGCAGAAGUGUUACCAAAAAGUAAUUACCAAUGAAAAACUAUGUGAAAAUUAACUUUUAUCUGACAUUGUAUUGAAUAACAAAAUUAACUACCACUUUGGAAAAAAGUCUACAGUCUAUACUACUUGUAUGAAAAACAAUAUAUUUAUCAAACCAAAAAAACACUUGAAGCACAUUUUUAUUCAACUUUCGAAAGUUAACUUUUGUUUAUGAACAUUAUCUUCUUCAAUAUAAAUGGGAUCCAACAGUUUCCACUAAUUGUUAACUUGUUGAACGGGUGGUGAGUUUAGCUUUUUCUGGCUCCUGCUGUCCUCUCUGUCUUAUUGUUUCUAUUUUAAUGAAUAUUUUAGGUGGACAGUGGAAACUUCACAGCAGUUUCUUAGUGCAAGGUGGGUGCUGGUAAGGGCUAUACGUUACAAGGCAAAAUCAUUUGCUCUGUGUUAGAUAGAAAUUUUCAAGUUGUAUCCACUUUGUAAUCCACAUUUUAUCCAAAAAAAAAAGUACCCAACGAGUUUUGAAAGCAGAAGACCAAUCACGUCAAAGUGCCAAAUCCCUAUUUCUGUCAGAGGCCUUUGUAUUUGUAGUGUGUUCAGCCCUGUGAACCCCACAAAACCACAUGAUAUAUAUACAGCCUGCAAUGUAUUUCUGAGUUUAAAUGCUGAAUGUCCGAGGGUAUUGUUACUGUAACAGUAUCAUCAGUACAGUAUGUUUACAUUUGUUACAGAUAAUAGCUAUCCUCAGAUUACCAUGACUAAGAGCAUUGUACCAGUUUUAAUAUUGACAGCUUCAUAUGAGCACAGAACUAUGCAUCAGUAGUUGUAGGAUUACUAAGUAGUAAGGACGCCAGUACACAUAGGGUGUUCCUGACCAAUGAACAACCAAAAAGUGCUGCGAAAGACACAGUCGGCCUCCCCCAGCCUCAUAAUGUAACAGGUGGUUUGGAUGUUUAAGACUUGUUUGGAUAUUUUCUUUGAGAAACCAGCUUAAAAAAAAGAAAAAAUAAAUUUCCUACUGGUACUUUUUAAAAAUGUAAUUUGUACCUCUUUUGCACGACAGAGCUGUAAAUGGAUUACGCCAUCUGAUUGUGUGCGAGUGUGUAUGUCUGUGUGUGUGUGUAUGUCUGUCUGCUCCCAGUAUAAUGCACUGUAAUGUUGAUGCAUGUCAACUGCUGUAACAAAACCUAUAUUGGGUUAAAAGAGUGGAUCUUUACUCCCCACCCUCUGUUUCUUUCUCUUUAUUUUGAGCUUCUAUUUAUGAACACACAGUAUAUUUGUACAGAGAAAAUGAUAAUUUUGCAUCUUCUGUGAUGGUCUAAACUUUUAUGGCACUCCUGCAUGAUAGCAAUAAACUA